AUGGAUGAUCCAGUGAAAGAAUUAAAAGGAGUUGCUUUCAGUACAGUUUUGGGAUCUUGUAAUGGCUUGCUUUGUUUAGGUACCAUCGGCAGUAAUCCACUAAUUCUUUGGAACCCGUCAACUAGAGAAUAUAAGGUAAUUAUACCACCAGAUUACCAUUUGUUGCUUUCCUAUGGGUUUGGUUAUGAUAGCAAAAAUAACGAUUACAAGUUGGUAUGCAUAGAUUCGAUUUAUUUUCACGCAUUCACGUUAAAAACAGGUUCAUGGAGAAAAGUUGUCAACACCUUCCCCUGUGUGAAUCUUGGGGAACGAGUAGGUUUGCUUCUAAAUGGUGCUCUUCAUUUUACACAAACUACUAAGAGCCUCGGCGAAUUCUCCAAAGCCGUAGUUGCUUUUGAUAUUAGCAGUGAGAAGUUCAUGAAAUUUCCUUUGCCAAAAGAAUUUAUCAUACGCCAAACUGAUAGCACUUUUAAUCUCAGAGUGUUGGGAGAUUCCCUUUGUUUAUUAAUUUGUGGUGUCUAUACUCAUCGAGUUGAUGCAUGGAAAAUUACGGAGUGA